CUCUCUCCCGGAUUAUGCAGAAUUUUGAACAAUCCAGUAUUGUACAUGUAUAAGUUAGGCAAAUAAUAACAAUCAUCCGUUAGUUCGUUUCUGUACCAAACACGUUGAAGGAUUUCAAGAUAUAUUUUUAAAACUAUGGAGCAAAAACAUAAGACAGUUCUAGAAUUGCCAGAAGAAAUAACUGUAAAAAUCUUCGAAAUGUUAGAAAUCAAAGCAUUAGAAGCUGCAUCACUCACAUGCAAAUCAUGGUAUGAUAUAUCUUCCAGAAUGAGUUGGCAUUUAAAAUUGCAAUAUGAGCAGUGUAAUAAUUCUUGGAUUGAAACACUUACAAAGAGUAAUCGCAAAUUCACAUCAAUUAAACUUAAUCAGAUAUUACCAUGGGAAGCUAUUAAAAUGGUGGAUGGACUGUCAAAUUUUCUUGAAAAGCAUGGCGAAAAUAUUAAAGUGCUUGAUGUGAAUUUCUGCACUUUUGACGACUUGACUGUUCUCUGCAAAAUUCUAAAUGGUUUGCCAAACUUAAAGACGGUUUUACAUCAGACUACAUCAAUUCAAUCUAAAUACUCAGCAAACAUUCCCGAACACGAUUUGCCUCAACUUCAAUCGCUUAAAACUUUAGAUAUGUCUAAUUGUGGUUAUGAAUUGUUGCAACCUUUCAGAAAAAGUCAACUCCAUAAAUUGAAAAUAUUAGAAUCUUAUAGUGGCGAAAUAGGAGACCCCUUACUUUUAUGGCAAUUUCUGAUGAAUCAAAGAAAACUCAAAUGUUUUGAAUUUAAAUCCAUGAAAAAGCCGAUCUCUCCAAUCUUCGUAUAUCGAAUCAACGUUCAAUUUCUUCCUUUCAAAUUGAAAAGCCUUGCAUUAUUGAAUUUAACAGAUCACGAGUUGAUAAACUACACAAAUUACUACAAUAAUGCAUUAGAUCUUCUUCUUUCACAAUCAGAUACGCUGGAAGAUUUGGAACUUGGCGAGUAUGUUCCUGAUUUCUUUUAUCACUUUGCCAUUUCAAACUUGAAUAGGCUUUCAUCAUUAUCGGUCGAUGGAGAAGACAUUCCUCAAGAUCCUUCUUUUUAUAAUUUUGCUGCCAUCAAUCCAAGUGUUAAAAAACUCACAAUAUCUAAUCCAUUUGCAAAUGACGCUUUAAGAAAUUUUUAUAGACUCGUUCCAAAUCUUGAGACCUUAAUUAUAAGCAAAGGAACGUUCGACAAUAUAGCUUCAAGUAUGUUCCCCAAUUUAAAACAUUUAGAAAUUCCUUAUACUCACGAAGAAUUCAUCAAUGAUGUCAAGUUUCCAAAAAUGGAAACAAUUUUUGUUGGUGAUUUGCAUCUCUCUGUGCCUUGGGCAACUUUCAAACUUAACAAUCCAAAUGUGAGGAAAAUAGAAAUUAAUAAUUACGAAGAUUGUAAUGAAUCUUUUGAAAUUUAAAGUGAUUAGAAAGUGCAAAUUUUGAUUCUCAUUCAUUAUUAAUCUGAAACAAUUCUCAUUAAGAAAAUUUCGACAAAGACUGAAAAGAAUCAAAAAAUCUCAAACAUUGACAUUUUGUUAAACGUAAAAUAAUUUUAAGAAAUAAAUUUUUAUUGUUUUUAUUGACUGUUCUGUUAUAAAAUAUCUGAUUUUGUGAUUUGUAUUUAUUUUGCUUCUAAUACC